CGAGCCACAGAUUUCCUGCUGACCUUGAGCGUUGCUCAUCAUCUUCAUCAUCGACGACGACAACGACCAUCGCGACGACAACCCCCUUUAUACCCCUCGUCUGAACGAUCCUUGCCGCCCCUGCGAGUCAGAGCCUCUCUCUGAUCGCCAAUCCGACCUUGGAAUCCACGUAUCACAACCAGGCAAGAGAACUGGACCUCUAGACGUUGACACCGGAUCUCCUCGUCUCUGGAACCAUGUCUUAUCAUCAGGUCACGGCGGCCUCGUUGACCCCUUCGCGCGCGCCUCCGGCGCCUCCAAACGACGGCAGGACGCCUUUAUACUCCACUAACACGGCUCUUGCCAACGCGGGAUACAACAACACUUUCACUUUCACCCCAGCAUCGCCUUCUGGCUCUUCUUAUGCUUUUCCAUACUCCGGCAUCGGUGGCACUCCUAAUCGAGGGCCCGAUGACUCUCUCAACAAUUCCCAAGUAGUCAGGAGUGGGGGCGUUAGCAUGAAAGAGGAUGGUUUUGGAAACUGGUUAUGGCAACGGAAAUGGCUGGUUCUUAAGGAGCUAUCUUUGGCGAUUCAUAAGAGCGAGUCGGCUCCUUCGCAAUCUGUGAUCAUGCUAAGGGACAUCUCCAACAUUGAGCGUACCGACCUGAAGCCCUAUUGUCUACUACUAGAGACCAAAGACAAGCGGUACUUUCUUUCACUCAAAAACGACGAAGAGUUGUACGGGUGGCAGGACGACGUGUAUUCACGAAGCCCACUCAUGGGUGUGAGCAACCCAACAAACUUUGUGCACAAGGUGCAUGUGGGUUUUGACCCUGUUUCUGGCGCUUUCACGGGCCUGCCCGAGCAAUGGAGCAAACUUCUGACAAAGUCGGCUAUCACACGGGAAGACUACGCAAAAGAUCCCCAAGCCGUCCUCGACGUCCUUGAAUUUUACACAGAUCACCAAAAACGGGAAUUGGAGGACAUGUCCAUGGGUGAGUUGCGCGCCUGCCCGGUUCAACGCCGACCCCCACCCCAGCCACCAACUGCUAAGAAUGAUGAAUCACAGUCGCAGCCGCGUCAGCCUUCACCCUACAAGCAGCAAGAGCAGCAACAGCCUCGGCCGACGCUGGGCGCCCCGUCCAAAUCAUCGCCAGCCAAUACCAACCCUGCUACGCAGCCUGCGAGCGGACCGGCUGGUGCUCUGGAAGGCCCACCGCCCGUGAUGCCCUUACAGCCCAAGAAGGUGCAGAUUCAGGCGCAGGAGAAGCCGCCGAAGCCCGCACCCGCGGGGGGUGUGGCUGCUGCUGCUGCCGCGCUGGAGAAGCCCAAAGAGAAGGAGAAGAGGAUCAGCACGAUGACGGAGGUUCAGAUCAUGGAGAAGCUUAGGCAGGUGGUGUGUGAUGACGAUCCGAAGUUAAUCUAUAGCAAGAUCAAGAAAGUUGGACAAGGGGCUUCGGGACAUGUGUAUGUGGCGAAGACAUUGGCGACGGGAAAGAAGGUGGCGAUCAAGGAGAUGGAUCUUUCGCAUCAGCCGCGAAAGGAGCUCAUCGUGAAUGAGAUUUUGGUGAUGAAAGAGUCCCAGCAUCCGAACAUUGUGAACUUUUUGGAAUCAUACCUGGUGAAGAACAACGAGCUUUGGGUGGUUAUGGAGUACAUGGAAGGAGGCGCUCUGACAGAUAUCAUUGAGAACAAUUCAUUAGAGGAGGACCAAAUCUCGAGCAUCUGCUUCGAGACGUGCAAGGGACUGGGUCACCUGCACAGCCAGAGCAUCAUCCAUCGUGACAUUAAAUCGGAUAACGUCCUUCUGGAUGCCCAAGGCCGAGUCAAAAUCACUGAUUUCGGCUUCUGCGCCAAACUCACGGACCAGAAGUCCAAACGAGCGACUAUGGUUGGUACGCCGUACUGGAUGGCACCUGAGGUCGUCAAACAGAAAGAGUAUGGCGCGAAGGUGGAUAUCUGGUCCCUGGGUAUCAUGGCGAUCGAGAUGAUCGAAAAUGAGCCGCCUUAUCUGGAUGAAGAGCCUUUGAAGGCACUGUAUUUGAUUGCAACCAACGGGACCCCAACGCUGAAGAAGCCGGAGGCGCUGAGCAGGGAGCUGAAGGGCUUCUUGGCCGUUUGUUUGUGUGUUGAUGUCGCGAGUAGGGCGACUGCUAACGAGCUUCUUGAGCACGAAUUCCUCAAGAAGGCCUGUGCCCUCUCAGGCCUUGCACCUCUGCUCCGGUUUAAGACCAAGCAGGGGUCAUGA